AGCUCCGAUGGACUCGGCUGAAAACCCGGCUGAACACAGCGUAGUGGUCGGCAGAGACAUGGACGCACCUGAAGGCAUCGCGUUCGACUGGAUCCACGGGAACCUGUACUGGACCGACAGCAUCCGAAGCACCAUCUCCGUGGUUACCGCUGAUGGCAGCCGCCGAAAAACUCUCUUCCGUCGAGAUUUAUCCAAACCGCGUGCCAUUGUGGUCGACCCCCACAGCAACUUCCUUUACUGGACCGACUGGGGGAGUCCCGCUAAGAUCGAGAAAGGAGGUUUAAACGGAGGAGACCGAACCGCUCUGGUAACCGACAACAUCGAGUGGCCAAAUGGGAUCACAAUCG